UUCGGUUCAGUCUUACGCCAUACGCCGUAGAGGGCGGACGUCUGUAUCGCAGACAGCAGUCAGGACAUUUUUAACGUAUAGUGAUUGUGUAGUGAGUGCGUAACUUCGGAUUAUAUACUUUUAAUUCUUAUAAUGCAAAGUAAGAAACGCCAAAGGAAGAGAAGGACAAAACGCAGCGCAGUAAAAUGAGCAUUGGAAAUGUGACAUAAUCGACAUGAAGGCGAACAUGGAAUCACUCAUACGCCCCCCGGGCAAAGUUUCCAAUAGAGAUUUGCUUGUUGUGUUCUUGUUCUUGUGUCAGACGAUAGUUUGUGACAGCCAGUGUCCGAAGUUCGCUGAGAAGCCUCUAGAGACGAGGGUGCAAGACGCCUCCAUCGUCUUUAGGGCAGUGGUGGUGGAAACACACUAUCAGACUAAAACACUAGACUUAGCGCUAGUGUCAAUCUAUCGGGGUGGAAUGGAGUUGGCGUCUGUCAGCCAAUAUUUUGGAUCCCCGUAUAAUACGACAGAUAGGCAGGUGAACCUAAAGAUCAGUUCCCAGCUACUCACCUGCUUUAACUGGAGUAUGGCGCCUCAGAGUGAGAUGGUGGUGUUCGCGCGGGUCAGUGAACCCGCUGUGGACUUAGAGACUACGCCGGCAGAUGGCCCGUGGCUGGAAGCCACCUCCGCGGCCGUGCCGUGGAGUCUGGGUGUAGAUAUAGGCAUAUGGAAUGCUGUAGGUUGGGCUGGUUGGGGAGAGUGGGGGCCUUGUAGUAAAACGUGUGGGGGAGGGAGACAGACACGUCGGAGAUACUGUUCUAAACCCACAUGUGAGGGGUACGGGGAACAGUGGACAUCAUGUAACUCCUUCGAUUGUGAAGGUACAAUAAACCCCCUCGCACCAAGCGCGCGGCGAAACUUCCAUCCCGCCCAAGCGCGCUGGGGUCGCGUAUCCGACCGCCCUCACGCGUUCACUUUGCGCCCAAACUCCUACAUUUGGAUCGCUUCCUCUGAACUGUUCGCAGCGGGGAAGGCGUUCCCCAGGGAGUUCACUUUAUUCCUGUCUUUGAGGUUGCGGCCUGAGAGCGGGGGGUACGGGCAAGGCACGCUGUUCUCGCUGCGCUCGCGGCGGCGCUCGGGCUCGUUCCUGUCGCUGGAGCUGGCGGGGCGCGGCGCGGCGCGGCUCGUGCACGCGGGGGGCGGCGCCUCGCGCUCUAUAUACCUUGCCGUGCCGUUGUACGACUUUCGGUGGCACCAUAUUGCUAUCAGCGUACACGACGAUAACACGGUAAGAAUAUACGUAGACUGUCGUUGGCUGAGGACCGAUGUCCUCGAAAAGGACGCUCUGGACACCCCGAGGGAUGCAGAUCUUAUUAUAGGCUAUCUCUUCUCGGGUGAUUUGGAGCAAUUAGUGCUGGUGCCAAAAGCAGGCCAGGCCCAUAAGCAGUGCUCCAGCCAAGCCAGCGGCGACGUCGCCCCAUAUGUUACGCUUAACACGUAACUGCGAUGCCCUUAUAUACACGUGAAAUGAAUUGAUAACGAAUACUCAAACAAUUCUUGGUGUUAGAUAUUAAUCUAGUAUUUUCUUGUGUUUG